UGUGCACCGGUCGGCACAUGGGGUGAUCGAGGAAGAAGCCUGCAUACACACAUCGACGCGCUAUAUAGGUCUAUAACGAAUACAAUCACAUCCAUCCAUUCUCCUCAACUUACACAUUUUCUUCCUCACCGUUUGACAAAAGCCAAAUUAUGCGAAGACCUUUAUCACCUGUAGGCCCUAAUGUAAAGGUAUUACGUAACAGAGUAUCCUUUCAGCGCUACUGGCCUACAGGGAAUAUGGAAACAAAUACAAACACACGGAUAAAGGUAGGCACCUUUCCCUAAAUUAGUAUUUGCCUACACCGCAGGCCUACCUGUACGUGUGUUUUUGUUUACAAAUAAAUGUCUGUGAAUCAGUCAUCGGAGUUGUCGGCUUUGAUCAAAACACGAUAGGCCUGUACAGCCAGGCUUAUCAGAUUUAUUUGACUGUUAGGUUCAUUUUGUAAAAGCGUAUCAAACUGACACACAAAAACUUGUAUGUGAGGGUUGACCCGUGGGGUAGUGAUCAAGACCUGUUAGGGAAGUGGGGCUUUCGACGAAAGCUUGGAACGGGUUCGCGGACUUCAGAGAGUUUGAACGCAGGUACCGGCCCUCACAAAGAAAGGUAGGGCAUAUGCCGUGCAUGCACACUACAAACAGCUCUGGAUGGAUAAACACCAAAGAUUUGUUUCUACCAUUCGGUGCUGGGGAAGACAAGAGCCCAGUUUGGCUGACUGUGUGCGAGCACUGGGCAAGCGAGCAAUUUAGGCGAGUCUGAUCAGAUCGUUACGCUUCAGUAGUUCCAUACAAGCAGCGGCGAUCUUAGCGCCAUACUUAUAGCAUCACCAGUAUGCAUCGGACUGGCUGAUCGGUUGUGAAGAGAAACUUGGGAGGCGUCCCGCGUAGUCAAGGAAGUUUUAGAGCGAGUUGGCACAGCUCACGCUAGGACACAGCGCCAGGAGCUCCCCAAGAGACAAACAAGCUUACAUUUGAGUCGAGGGAUACAGGACAUCGUUGAACGGAUGUAACGGCACUGAUGGCAUUGUAAGACUUGUAAUUGUAAAGAAGACAGGAGAAGGACGGUGGACUUGUUUUUGAAGUGGGAAUGUGUCUUGCCGUCGCCAUGUUUGCUAUGAUGUGAUGCAUGCUGGGCCCCGCAUCACGCAUGCUCCAGGCGACACAGUGAGAGAAGCAAAGCGCCGCACACGGGACGAUGUCGCGCCGUAAGCAGGCCAACCCCAAACCCCUCAAAGUUGAUGAAGAGAGGGCAGGCCAAGAGAGUGGAGUCAAGGGGGACAACUCUGAACAAGUGCCAAUGAAGGUGGAUAACACAUCACAAGAGAAUGGGCUUUACAACGAUGAUUAUGAAGAUGAUGAGAGACCACUGGUCAUCGACACUUCUGUAGGCAAUGGCAUGGAUGAUGACCCCACUCCUGAGGAGGCAGCUGAUAAUGGGGACAACGAAAAUGCACACAGUAUUAAUCUGAACCACAACGAAUCUGAACAGACGUCAAAGGAGACCAGUAUGGUCAACACCCUAAACUCAAACGAACAGUCUGCUCCUGUGACUUACCAGGAGAACCACCGGUCACCAUGCUGGAGUACGGUGCCCUCGUCUCCUGGUACUGGCAACACCCCACCAACCUGUAGCUCUCCGUCCAGUGUAAAGCCAGCACCCGGGAGACGGGCCAAGAAACCUGGGGUGCUCAACACUUCACCCGGCUCCCAAAACUGUGAGAGGAAGUUUGACUGCCCUGUGUGUCCUCUGACAUUUGGCUCAUCUCAUGAGCUCACAAAACACAUCCGUUCCCACAACUCAGUGGUGACUGGCACGACCAACAACAACACGUGCACUAUAUGUGGGAAAGUGCUUAGUUCUCAGAGCUCACUUGACAGACAUAUGCUGGUCCAUUCAGGAGAGAGGCCUUUUAAGUGUAAAGUAUGCAAAAUGGCGUUCACGACCAAUGGGAAUAUGCACCGACAUAUGCGUAUCCAUGGCAAAGAUGGGGAGCUGGCGUCCAAUGAAAUACGCAUUGGGUCUGGACGUAAAGCCCGCGCUAACAAGAACACUCCGUCUAAAGGAGAACUGAACGUGCCCAGCAUGGUGGGCCUCCACACGCUUCUUCCCUUCUCGCAGAUGAACUCAAGAACCUAUGUGGAUAGAUGUCAAGUCACGAGGAAGGAGGCGCCCUCUGGUGGUCACAGAGAGAAAAGACAGUUGGAAGAUUCGGAGGAGACAGGCCAUGAGAGUAAACGGAGACUGUCCUAUAACUCCGACCUACGUAUGGGCUCUCCUUCUUCCAGUCAGUCCAUGGAUGACUUGGUGUGUCAGGAGAGUCUUCAGCAAGAUUCUGACAAAAUGGAAGAGGCCUUGAAUGCUGAUGGUGAUCCCUUACAUUGCCCUAUUUGUGGGAAAUCCUUCCUCUGUAAAUACGGCAUGCAGAGUCACCUGGAGACCCACACUAGCUACACGCUGCGCUGUCACACCUGUAGUCUGUCAUUCCGCACCCAAAAUGGAUUGCAGAUGCACAAGCUAAUUGUCCACUCUAACAACAAUGACAAUGCUCAGGCACGUGUCUCACCUGUCAGCAGCACCAAUGGGGAGGAGGAAGUGGCUGUUGGAUUUCACGAUUUGAAUUUUAUGGAAUUCUCCAUCAGCAAGUUCUCAUUGGCCGCUAAAGCAUUUUGUGAGAAAAGCCCGCGGCAGGCCAGCAGCGCUUACCACCACUUUUCCUGUAAAGAUUGCACCAAAACAUUUCCUUGUAAAGGCGCCUUGAAGCUCCACGAGUGUGGUCAUAUUCCGGAGAAGAUGGCUUCAUGCCCGAUUUGUCAGUGCGACUUUGAAAACGCCCAGAAACUGCAUCUUCACAUGAUUAAACACCUGUCGGAUAAAGCCUUAGCAGAGUGUCGAGAAAAGGCAGACCUGAACAGCUCCAUGGGGCAAGAUAGUUUUAUAAAACAUAGUUUUUUAGCCUACUUAGACUUAAAAUCAACAGACGAUCUAUCGGACCAAGGGGAGGCAAUUUCUAACAUCGAGAAAAUGCAGAAUGACGAGUAUUUUGCCAAAUUAGGGCAAGUGUAUUCAGCGAAAAUGGCUGAAGAAAAACCAAUGAAGCAGUCAGUGAAAAAGCUUGCAGACUGUCCUAAGAAAAGUGCUGAGUCUUUCUCUGCAGUGUCUGACAUGAAUGGAGAGCACUCACUGUCCCCCAGUCAUUCUCAGUUCCCACUAUCUGGGGCACGUGUUGGGGCCUCUGGAUCCCCCAUGAUGCCAGGGUCCAUGAACUACCCUAGCUCCAUCCCCGCCCGUAGCCCAAUGGUGGGGCAAAUUGUAAGUACCUCUGGCUCCUCCCAUGUUAGAAUGUUGCCUGGCCUGAGUAUGCUGCAUGCUGUCUCGCUUGGUGGCCCACCGGAUUGCCCUUCCCCCACGGUCGCAUCACCCCUCACGGACGAGGACAGCGGUGGGGGUGGGGGUGAGCUCCUAACGCAUGACAAAUCCACAUCUAAAGGCAUGUUUGUCUGCAAGUACUGUGAUAAGAGUUUUACAAAUUACAGAGCUUUAAAAGGUCAUACAAGAACCCAUCUAGGACUGUCCCCGUACAAAUGCAACCUCUGCAGUUACUCCAGCGCCGACAAGAGCACUCUUAUACGACACCUGCGAACUCACAACGGAGAGCGUCCAUUUCAGUGUUUGAUAUGUGACUUUGCCUUCACCACCAAAGCCAACUGUGAACGACAUGUCAGGAAAAAGCAUGCAAAAAUCAGCAAAGAAGAUAUUGAAAAAUCUAUUGGCUACAACAAGUUUGUUUCUGCCGAUUCAGCGAAAAAGCUGGAUGCUACCAAUUUCCAUUCUCCAGACACAAUCUGUAAAUACUGCGGUGUGGACUUCAAGUUUUUCCGUGCGCUCAAACACCAUCUGCGCUCCCACAGCAGUUGUCGUCAGAAGCCCUUUUUGUGCCAGAAGUGCAGCAUCGGCUUCUCCACGAAGGCGAACUGUGUGCGCCACAUUCAGAAACAGCACCUGGAUGUUCCCCAGAAUCUCAUUGAGGGCUUCAUUCAUGUGAACGAGCCCGCUGGCAUUCUUGGACUCCUGGACAAGGACGGUGAGCAACUCUCCGAUGCCUCCAUGGAAAAUUCUUUUGGCAGUGCUUGUUCGAGCCCCAGCCUGAGCAUGAUGAGGUUUGGGUCCACCCCUACACCCCAGAACGGCGUGGCACUGUUGAGCUCCACCCCCUCUCCACGUCCCGCCCACUCUACACCCAUUCGCUCUCUUCCAUCCAAUCAUCCUACAACUAUGCCAUUAACAGUUAAGACUGAGCCAGUUCCCCUGACUAAUGAAGAUGUGCCUUUAGACUUCAGUAUGAAGCCGGAUAAAGCUGUGAUGAGAAAACCAAGCCCUAAACCUCUGCUACAGACAAAGGUUGAAGUGACCUCUGUCACAGCUGAUGACCUCCCUAUGGAUCUCUCUGUGAAGAAGGAGCCAGUGACUAAAACAGAAACAAGUGUGACUUUACCUAAGGCCCGGCCCCAAGCAGGACUGACCAAUCAGGCCCAGUGUCAGUACUGUCCUCAGGUUUUCAGGUCACACCUUGCUCUGGAGAAACAUAUCCAAAUUCAGCACUUCCUGGCUAAGGGUCAUUCAUCCCGCCUGAACAAGUCCUGUACGUCCAUCUCUGCACCUUUGCCAAGCUCCCGCUCUGGCAGUGCUGGAUCAGGGUCUGACUGCGAAUUGGCUUCCAUUCACAAAAUGAUGGACGUUACUGAUCCUCACCAGUUCAAAGCUUUCUUCCAAGUACCAGACAACCUAGACCACUCUCCUAUUAAAAUACUCUCAAGAACAUUUGAUAAAAAAACUCCUAAUGCUGAAAGCAAAAAAGCCCUAGAAAAUAAACAAUCUCCUUCUGAAAGUGUGGAUGAAAACUGCAACAAAAAAUCCUCCUCGGCUGAAGAACUGCUGCACUCAGGGGAGACUACUCCGACUGGCCAAGCACCGUUUUCCUUCAAUGAUGAUGAGUUUGGGAAUGACAGCCUGGACAAUGUGCCUGAAGAACAUAUCAAUGAAGUGACAGAAGGUCACUCUCUGGAUGGUUUUGCUGAAGGCCUGAAAAUUGAUGGUGAAGUCGGACAGAAGAAAAAAAGAAAUUCUUACGCCGACUCUCCGCACAAACUCCACUGUCCCUACUGCUCGCGAACCUUCCCAUGGGUUAGCUCUCUUACCAGACAUCUGCUCACGCAUACAGGACAAAAGCCUUUUAAAUGCCCAAGAUGCCCAGUGACGUUUUCGACGAAGUCAAAUCGCGAACGCCACCUUAUUCGCAAGCAUGGGGUGAACAUGCUAGACCCUGCCUCACGACAAACCAUGGAUCGUCCGUUCAAAUGCCACCUCUGCAUCUUCAGUUCAUUCUCUACCAAAAGUCCUUUAUGUUCAUCUCUAGGUAACUUGCUGAAGCAUUACCAUGAACGCCAUCCAGGGUGUAACGUUCCAGAAACGAUCCUCCGUGGAGAACACAACCUGGAUGCCAAUGACCUUGACAUGAGUGAAGACUAUGAAGGUCAGAUGAUGGAAACUUCCAUGGAUUUACCCUCUGAGCCUGAAACUGAGGAGAACUACAAGCCCACUGAAGAGGAUCUAGCUAAGAUUGAGCUCGUAAUGCAUGAAGAAGGUGAGAAGAUGCCCGCCCCACAAUCUAACAGGCCUCUGAACCCAGAGAGAGACAACUACAACGUCGACAAAAUCACUGAAUGCUGGAAAUGUUCUGCUAAGUUCUCGUCACGAAAACUGCUGGUGCGACACUUGAAGGAACACAACAUCGACUUCCCUUUCAAAUGUUAUCUCUGUGACGCCUCUUUUGAAACCCGCAAAGAGUGUCUGCAUCAUCAGGAGCGCGUGCACUGCGAGGACUGGCCACAACUACGUGAGAAGAACAGGGUGGAUGAUAUUGAGGGCUUCUCAGAAGCGAUGGAAGAGCUUGUGGCCAAGAAUUACAGGGGUGGCGACCCAGAGACCAAUGACAUGUCCGAUGUGGUUGCCGGGGAGGAAGCAGCCAUUGAUGCGGCAACCUCUGAUUACAUACAGCGUAAAGUCUACUGCUCGCUUUGCCCUAAAAGGUUCUGGUCCCUGCAAGAUCUGCGCAGACACAUGCGUUCACACACAGGUGAAAAGCCCUUUGAGUGUGACAUGUGUCAAAAGAGAUUCACUCUGAAACAUAGUAUGAUGCGUCAUCGCAAAAAGCACUUCGAAAUGCCAGAAUCCAUGAGUGCCAGCGAUGACGAAGAUUCAGUUCACAACGAAGACACAGUUAUCAAAGGUGGAGAGAAAAAGAACCUGGUUAUUGAGAGUGUCCUAAAUAGACUGCGCAACCACCAGGAGCAGACAAUUCCAGCCACACAGCACAGAGACAAGAAGACAUUCAACGGGGACAUGUUCUUGAAGAAAAAGCUGAAUUACCUUCAGGACAGGAAGUCCCCUUUGAGCAGCGUGACUGGGCGGGAGGGGACGGGAGGCAGGUCCCAGGAUAUUCUACAGAGUUUGCUGGGGGUGGAGGACUCGGCCAUUGACGAGAUGCUUGAGUCAGCAGAUUCUGCAGCAGAGAGACUCGGAGUCAAAUAAUGCAGCACAGAAAGAGUGCAAAUGGUCAAGAGAAAGGGUCAGAUAAUGCAGCAAAGAAAAGGUCAAAUAGUGCAGCACAGAAAGAGUGAAAAUGGUCAAGAGAAAGGGUCAGAUAAUGCAGCAAAGAAAACGUCAAAUAAUGCAGCAAAGAAAAGGUCAAAUAAUGCAGCAAAGAAAAGGUCAAAUUAUGCAGCAAAGAAAAGGUCAAAUAAUGUAGCAAAGAAAAGGUUGAAUAAUGAGGUACGGAAAGAGUAAAAUGCAGAAGAGAAACGGUCCAAUAAUGCAGCAGAGAAAGAGUGGUGGAUUGAAAUAUAAGAUUGACUGACUUGAUAUUUAGCCUGGCCAAGUAGAAUGAUGGAUAGUGCUGAUGUUCAGCUAUAGUUUCAGAAGCAUCAAACAAGCAUGUUUAAUAUUGUCAGACUAAUUUAGUAGAGACUGAUUCAAAAGUCUGUUUGUUCAGCGAAACUGCCAGGGUUAGGAGAGAAGAGACCUGUGUAUCGAUCUGAGACUGGUUGAGUUACAAGACACUGGUGUAAAAUAGGAGGUGUAACAUGGGAUUAGACAGUUCGAACAAACAGUGGUAUCUCACCAGUAUCAGAGGCAAUGUUUAUACAGUGUUUUAUAGUCUGGCUAACCUGCGAAUGGUCGUGGGCCCGUUUUCCUCCCACCAUAAUGCUGGCCGCCGUGGUAUAAGUGAGUAUAUGCUUGAGUAAAGCGUAAAACACCAAUCAGACUAGAUAUAGUCAGGCUGGAGUGAAUGUUUGGUUCCUUAUGCUAAGGCAUGACAGAUUAUGGAAGUUAGGGACAUAAAGUUAGAGUGGAAGCGUGUGGGAGUUGCUGGAAUAUGAAGAAUUUAUUCAGAUUAUGAUGUAAAAGUGGUAGAUUCUCUGUUAUCAUCGUGUGGUCGCCAUCCUUUCGCCGUGGAUUGUAUGAAGUCUGCACAUGAAAACUUUUUUUGUAAUAUUGCACAAAGAAGUCUAUCAUGAAUCCUCUCUCAGGCACCAAAGACAACAAUACAGAAUAUGCAAAUUCUCUAUAGAUCUACUUUGAUUCACACAGUAGCAUUGUGGUCAUUAUAUCUUCAGAAAUGUUUUUUUUGUCUUCACUAAUAGCUAUUUUUGUAUGUAAACUCACUUGGAUUUUGUCCUCACAUUCCAAAGUAAUCUAUGCAUAAUUUAUGUGAUAAAUUAAAAAAGUUUUUGAGGCUAGUUAUUAGAAAACAAUGCACAUGUUAGUGAUGCGACUAAGAUGGUGUGGGUGUGAACCAAAGAUGACAACUGAUUUCCCUGAUAUCCCAAGAGUAUACAACAUUUGUUGGUUUUCAGUUAUGUGAUAUCAUCAUGUCUUAUGCAAAAAAAUUUUACUAUGUUGCUGUCUCCGAAGUGAAAAUUGAAAUAUGGAUAUGUGAUUUUCUUAUUUACAAGGUAUGCAUACAUAUACAAAGGAUUUUGAAAUAAUUUUAGUUGGCUUUUGUAUACAUUUAGCGAGUUGAUUAGCUUUAAUGUGAAGUCUUCGGAGCUAUAUUGUAAUGUUUUGUACAUGUACAUAUUGGUUACAUUAUUUAGAGUGUUUGAAAGACGUUUAAGCAGAUUGAAAACUGUCUUACAUGUGGUUAACCCCUGUGGAAGGAUGACCAGAAUAUGACAGGUUUAAUUCUGAUUUGUUUUCGGAGAUCCCUAUCAAAUGAGGUAUGUAGGAGAUGCAUAUUUAUAGAAUUUCUUCUAUGCUUUUCAAUUCAACUUCCAAGAUGUUGGUUGGAAAACUUGUACAUAAUUGUUUGUGUAGACAUGGUUUGAUGUUUCAACAGUAUUGCAUCAUCAGCAAUCAGGGCUUUCCCAGGUAUGAGCUGAUUGUUGUCAAGCACUAAAUUUAAGAUGCAGACUUCUAUCAACACAUCACAGUGUUUUAUUAUAUGUCAUUCUCAGAGUUGUAAAUAUUCAUUUGGUUUUUUUACUUGUUGGAAAUUGGAAUAGGCAUAUUUUUAAUAUAUUUUUCUAUCAGGCUGAUAAACCAAUGACAAAAUCUUAAUAAGAACCUAAAGCUGAUUGGCUGUGAUUAACAUGUUUUCAUUGGUCAAGGAGAGGAAAUAAUGGAUUGGAUAUGCUAAUUAGAGGUUUCAAUAUCGAAAGUGUGAAUCUGAUUCGUCUAUAGUCACUUUACACCAUAGGAAGUGCUAAUAAAGUAAGCAAAUUGUACACAUUAUUUUUGUUGUAUAUAGAAAGCUUCAUCGUUGUACUGUUUAACUUAUUACCAUGUGUUUCUUUUGAUAUACAUUUGUGUGAGAGAUGUUAACUUUAGAAGGCACAUAUUUGCCGUUUGGAGAAAAUACUAUUUAGUUUAAACUUCUCCUCUCUCCCAACUUUAACUGUACAUAAAACCCUGGACUGUCUGGAUCUGUUUGACCAUUCAAUCACAACCAACUGCUGUACUUUGGUUCUGCAGACUUGUAUGGUUAACUUUUGCUCCUUUGUAUCAUUUUUCAUAUUUUCUAAUGUGAUGUGUAUUUAUGGAAAACAUGUGUCUCUACCCAGAAUAAUUUACCUCCUGCUGUAAUAGACGCUUUAUGUUUGUAGCCAAUGAGUGAUUAGAAAUUGUUGCCAGUUGUUCUGGCUUCAAAAUGUGAUUAUCAUGCAGUAUAUAACGAUUACAUUUCAGUAUAAGCACUAUUUACAUAUCAGUAUAUCAAUCGAUACAUAGUUAUGUGUUGAUAUCAUCGCUACCUCUUCAGAGACAUUUUACUCCGGUCCACGAAUCACGUAGUAUAGAUUUUUUGGCCUUCAAACCAAGCAGUGGUUUGUAUGUAUAGACAUUGUUGGCUUUCAAACGAAGCAGUUGCCUGUUUGUAUAGACAUUGUUGGCUUUCAAACCAAGCAGUGGCCUUUAUGUUUGGGCACUGUUGGCUUUCAAACCAAGCUGUGGCGGAAUCAAGCAGUAGAGUUCAGUUUACUUGAAAAUCAAGCAAUUCAUGAAUACCACGUGUGUUGGCUUGCAAAUCAAGCAGUGCCUUUCAUGUGUCGUCACUUAGGGACUACAGGUCUCAAAUUUGUAAUUUGUCUGAAUGACCAUUUAUUUGUAAUUGUGCUGGAUACGCAGCCAUUGUUAUUGGGUGGACUGAUUUGAGGCUAGAUGAGAUAAUUGCAGGUAGGGCCACAACCUCAAUUAUUAAUGAAGUUCAUCUUUCUAGAACGGUUUGAAUGUACACAGCGUCAUAUUAUUAUUAUUAUCCAGCGCUUUAUUGUUUCCAUGGAAAACUUGGGUGUAAAUGUUUUGCUACUGGUAUUGAGCUGGACAGAUCUUGAUGCUGCACUAUAGAAUUAUAUGUUUAUUUUUGCAUCCUGUGUUUGGCAAAUUUAGUCGUAAACGUUUUAAAUAGAAAGAGAAGAGAAAGGUAGAGUACUUCAGUUUGUUUUCAAAUAGACAUAUACAACUGAGAAGCAUAUUAAUCUUUCAUACAUAGUUUAUACAAUUUUUUUUCAUGUCGAAUGAUAACACUAUGAAUAAUAGGUUUACAAGAAAGAUUCGGAAAAUUUAUAUUUCUAUAAUGUACUUAAUUAUGAAUGAUAUAUAUUGUGGAUGAAGUUUUGUUCCAAAUCUUAUUUGUGAAUUUGUUUUAUUUUUCUGCAUAAUAUUACAUAAAAGAAAGGCUGAUAUGAUUUGGUUUGUUCUCUAUGGUUUCUUUUUUUUGGUGUAUAGCUAUAGUUGAGUAUUUACUCGAAACGAAGGAUAUAGUAUUAUAACUUGUGAAUGUGUGCAUUUCAUUUUCCAUUUGUAUGUAAUGUGCGUACGUGUUUGUAGUGUGUUUUCCAUUUCUCGUCAAUCACUGCUGAUGAAUGUUGUGUUUUAUAUAAGUACAGCUUUUUGAACUGGCUGGAUUAGACCAAUAAAAAUAUCACAGGCCUUUUAGAUGCUUGUAAUUACAGAAUUUUCAGAGUCUCUGCUUAUACAGGGUGUCCCAGAAGUCGCGCACCAUCCUGAUUUUCAUUUUUUUCCUGUU